GCGGGUCUGGGCGAGCAGCCCCGGCGCACAGCCGCGGCCCCGGGCGCGCGGCGCGGGGCGGAAAAGCCUGUUUACACAGACUGCACACCGCCUGGGGAAUAAUGCAGUAAAGGAAGUGAGCAGGCUCGGCCUGACUGCUCCAACUUCCUGCUCUCACACACAGCAGAGAAAAAAAAAAAAAAAAAAAAGAGGAGCGAGAGAAAGAAAAAAAAAGGGGGAAAAAUCAGGAUCUCAUUACAAGAGCAACAGACCGUCUGCAGACGCCUGUCAGCAUGGAAAGUCGGGGGCUUUCGCCCGGGUCCUCCUAGAAAUCUCCCCAAGAAGACUCCCAAACGCUCCCCCACAUCUGGGUAAUGGAGAGUGCAAUCACGUUGUGGCAGUUCCUGUUGCACCUGCUGCUGGACCAGAAACAUGAACACCUCAUCUGCUGGACGUCUAACGACGGUGAGUUCAAGCUCCUCAAGGCGGAAGAAGUGGCCAAGCUGUGGGGCCUCCGCAAGAACAAGACAAACAUGAACUACGACAAGCUGAGCAGAGCCCUGAGAUACUAUUAUGACAAGAACAUCAUCAAGAAAGUGAUUGGGCAGAAGUUUGUGUACAAGUUCGUCUCUUUCCCGGAUAUCCUAAAAAUGGAUCCUCACGCGGUGGAGAUCAGCCGGGAGAGCCUCCUGCUGCAGGACAGCGACUGUAAGGUGUCCCCCGAAGGCCGAGAGGUCCACAAGCAUGGCUUGUCCGCCCUCAAAAGCACAAGCCGAAAUGAAUACAUCCACUCCGGCCUGUACUCCUCCUUCACCAUCAACUCCCUGCAGAACCCUCCUGAGGCCUUCAAGGCCAUCAAGACGGAGAAGCUGGAGGAGCCGUGUGAGGACAGCCCCCCUGUGGAAGAAGUCAGGACUGUGAUCAGGUUUGUGACCAAUAAAACCGACAAGCACAUCACCAGACCUGUGGUGUCCCUGCCUUCCACAUCCGAGGCCGCGGCAGCGUCCGCUUUCCUGGCUUCGUCCGUCUCGGCCAAGAUCUCCUCUUUAAUGUUGCCAAAUGCUGCCAGCGUCUCGUCUGCGUCACCCGCCUCAUCUCGGUCCCCAUCCCUGUCCCCCAGCUCUCCCCUCCCUUCCGAACACAGAAGCCUCUUCCUCGAGGCAGCCUGCCAUGACUCGGAGUCUCUGGAACCCUUGAAUCUGUCAUCGGGCUCCAAAACCAAGUCUCCAUCUCUUCCCCCAAAAGGCAAAAAACCCAAAGGCUUGGAAAUCUCUGCACCUCAGCUGUUGCUCUCCGGCACCGACAUCGGCUCCAUCGCCCUCAACAGCCCAGCCCUCCCCUCAGGAUCCCUCACUCCAGCCUUUUUCACGGCACAGACACCGAAUGGACUGCUGCUGACCCCGAGUCCACUGCUUUCCAGCAUACAUUUCUGGAGCAGCCUUAGUCCUGUAGCUCCAUUGAGUCCCGCCAGGCUGCAAGGGCCAAACACACUCUUCCAGUUCCCCACACUGCUCAAUGGUCACAUGCCAGUGCCACUGCCCAGUUUGGACAGAGCUCCGUCCCCAGUACUGCUCUCCUCCAGCUCUCAGAAGUCAUGAUGACCGGCGGCGGCGACAAGGAAGGACUCAAAACUGAUGAAGCCAGUUGUCCCCAUGGGCUAGUUUACCUGUGUCAUGAGAAGGACAUUGUGAAACCCUGUUAAUUUGGUUUGCACUUUUCAUAACACGGAUAAUCUAGAUGUAUGUUAGCAUUUUAAGAACCAUUUUUUAUAUAUAUAUUCAGCUAUAUAUGAAAGUCUGUUCUGCAUUAAGUGGAUUUUAAUGUUUCUGUUUUUCUAUCCUUUUAGCUCUGAAGUGUUCAGCACUGACAGUGAAGAACCUUUCUUAAUGUUUUCUAUAUAACUAAUACGGAUGUGAAGCUUUUUAUUGCUUUAAUUCUGCAUAUGCUGAACUCUGCUUGUAUACACAAUAUAACCAGCUGUGCCUUCCUUUGAAUUUAGUUUCAUGUACAUGAUUUAUGUAUUUCUAGUGUUAAGAGAAAAUGUUUGAAGGACAAAAUAGCAUCAAACAGCUCUUGGAAGAAUGUUAUUUUCACAAGUAGAAAACAUGAAAAGUGUGCUCCUACCACUGUAAGAACUGCCUUAGACCCUCUUUUGAAAUGAAAAUCAGUAAAUACAAAUGUCCAAGUAAUGUUUUUAUAAGAAUGAACGAAGCCAUAUUUAGACAAUAAACAUUCUUUAAAGAA